GCUGGGAUGCAAAGGUGUCGGAGGUUCAGAAGAAGAUCCGGUCGGUCCUGCCGGGAGCGGCCUGGGGCUCCCUGUAUGACACCAGCCACCUGCCCCCCGAGCACUCGGACGUGGUGGUCGUGGGAGGCGGCGUGCUCGGCCUGUCUGUGGCCUAUUGGCUGAAGCGGCUGGAGAGGCGGCAAGGGGCCCUUCGAGUGCUGGUGGUGGAUCGGGACCACACGUACUCGCGGUCCUCCUCGGCGCUCUCGGCGGGCGGCAUCCGGCAGCAGUUCUCGGUGCCCGAGAACAUCCAGCUCUCCCUCUUCUCGGCCAGCUUUCUCCGAAACAUCAACGAGUACCUCGCAGUGGUCGACGACCCUCCCGUGGACCUGCAGUUCAGCCCCUCUGGCUACCUCAUGCUGGCUUCAGAGAAGGGCGCCGUGACCAUGGAGAACAAUGUGAGGGUGCAGAGGCAGGAAGGAGCCAAGGUCUGUUUGAUGUCUCCCGAGCAGCUUCGGACCAAGUUUCCCUGGAUAAACACGGAGGGCGUGGCUCUGGCCUCCUACGGGUUGGAGAAUGAAGGCUGGUUCGACCCCUGGUCUUUGCUCCAGGGGCUCAGGCGCAAGAUCCGGUCCAUGGGAGUGCUCUUCUGCCAAGGAGAGGUGAUGCGCUUUGUCUCUUCGUCCAGCUGCAUGCAGACUGCGGGUGGGGCGGAGAUGGUCUUGAGGAGGAUCCACGAAGUCCACGUGAAGAUGGCUCACAGCCUGGAGUACCAGCCUGUGGAGUGUGCCCUGGUGGUCAACGCGGCAGGAGCCUGGUCUGGGCAGGUCGCAGAGCUGGCCGGGAUCGGGCAGGGCCCACCCGGCACCCUGCAGGGCACGAAGCUCCCAGUGGAGCCUAGGAAAAGGUAUGCGUACCUGUGGCAUUGCCCCCAGGGACCUGGCCUGGAAACCCCGUUCGUCAUCGACACUAGUGGGGCCUAUUUCCGCCCAGAAGGACUAGGCAACAACUACCUCGGCGGCCGCAGCCCCUCUGAGGAGGAGGAGCCGGACCCCGGGAACCUGGAGGUGGACCAGGAUUUCUUCCAGGACCAGGUGUGGCCCCAUCUGGCCCAGCGGGUGCCAGCAUUUGAGGCUCUGAAGGUCCGGCGUGCCUGGGCUGGCUAUUACGACUACAACACCUUCGAUCAGAAUGGCGUGGUGGGCCCCCACCCCCUGGUCGUCAACAUGUACUUUGCCGCGGGCUUCAGUGGACACGGGCUCCUGCAGGCCCCUGCAGUGGGGCGUGCCGUGGCCGAGAUGGUGCUGGAGGGCCACUUCCAGACCAUCGACCUGAGCCGCUUCCUCUUCAGCCGCUUUUACCUGGGGGAGCGGGUGGAGGAGCACAACAUCGUGUGAGCCACGGCCCCCGGCUCCCAGCCCCCGGGGCUGCUGCAUCCCCUGCCCGCCCCGCAGCACGCCCGGGCAGCCCAGACCUAACACUCUUGCUCUCUGGGCUAUUCUGCCCAUGUGGCUGAGCAGUGCUGGGCCAGGCCCGAGCUACUGAUUGGGUGGGUCCUCGGGCUGGUCUGCUGCCCAGGCUGCUUCCACCACAGGCCUGUCAGCUGGAGCUCUGAGCUCCGGGCCUGGGCCAGUCCCUUACUGGUGCCAACCCAGAAAGAC